AUGAGCCCCAGGAAAACUCGGUCGAAUGUCUAUCAGAUUUGUAUAAAGAUUUUGAAAGCGAAACAUUUGCCCCAAAAUGCAAAUCCUAUGGUCGUGGUUAAAGUGGGAAAUCGGAGGAAAAAAACGGUGGUUCGAGAAAGAACGGACUCACCAAUCUAUAAUGAAUAUUUCGUGUUCGAUCUUUUCUGCAACUUAAACGAACUUUUAAGCACUAAAAUUACGAUAGCUGUAUAUCUGAAGGGUUAUUUACGUCUCAAGUUUCAUGGAAGUACGACUUUCGAAGUUGCUCUCGUUUGGGAUCAACCAGAUCGUCAAUAUUAUCACAAAUGGGCAAUGCUGACAAAUCCAAAGGAUGUUUCUGCAGGACCGAAAGGUUACGUCAAAUGUAAUAUCGCGAUUAAUGUGAAAGGAGAGAAGUUGAAAGUGCAUCCGGAUACAGAGGGCGAGGACGACAUCGAAGGGAACCUCUUGUUGCCUGUCGGUGGUGAAUUUCUACCCUAUAGGCAACGAGCAUGCUACAUUUUUACGAUUUAUCGAGCUGACGGGUUACCAGAUAUGAGCAGCCUAUGCGUAAAAAAUAAUUUCGAAAAUAUUAACCCGUUCGUGCAGAUAUCGUUCGCCGGAAUGAAGGAAACGACGAGCGAAGCAUGGCAAACCUACAGGCCACGAUUUAAUGAAAAGAUUACGUUCAGAGAAAUGUUCCCAUCACUGUGUCAACGUGUCAGGAUUGCUAUCAAGCAUCGUGUUAAUAGCUGUCGAACGUGUGUCGUGGCUUCUUACAUUCUCAACAUGAGCAAAAUAUCGAAUUCUGGAGAGUAUGGUUUCCUACCGACUUUUGGGCCAUCGUUCCUUCACUUUUAUGGGUCCGGGACUACAGAAAGGAACAGCUGUUUCGGCAAGUGCUCGAUAGCCCUUCCUUUUUAUCGUGGUAGAGUUCUUCUCUCCUUAAAAACCGAAAUGGAUGACUCAGAAACGACGGCUCGAAUCAGUGCUGAAAGAGAGCUCGCGGCUCCUAUUAUCGAGAGAAGCUUGUGGAAGACGGAAGAAUAUUACCUGGUCACUGUGUUAUACGAUAUAAGUAUGAUCGAUCGGGGAAAAUUUUGGACGAAAUCGAUAAGCUUCGAGGUUAGCCUCGGGAAUGCCGGUAACAGACAAUUUGCUCGCAGCCAAUGCUUUGAGGACAAUAACGAUGGAAACCAGAUGCCAGACCGUAAACCGGAGUUCGAAAGCGAGACCCUGCCACGAUUGACUGGAACAUUGGAUGGCAAAUAUAAUUACGUGCCUCUUGGCUCGCGAAAACCCUGUCUCUACGUUAGAUCUUGGUGGCCGAAUCUUGAUUGGCGAAUGCACAACAGUAACAGCUUGGCUUUCAUCGCUGAUUUCCUAGAGCAAAAGUUGGAACAACUAGAGGACAUGGUCGAACUCCAACAUCCAGACACUUACAAAUUCUACAACGAGACGAUUCGUACCAUGAAGAGCCAUUGCAUACAUUAUUUGCAUACAUUAGACACGGGGCGAUACGACGACGAAGGUGGCACCACGAAGCUCGAUCGCCAUCGCGUGAAUCUAUGCCGUAAAGAGAUCGAGAAUAUCCUGAAGAGGAUCAAGAUCAACGGCGAACUUCCCAGUAAUCACUACACGAGAAUAGCAAUGGCACAUGCGUAUCAGUAUCUGGCUAAAAUGAAAAAGCUACGGGAAGACCCCCAGCAUGGCCUUCCUGAUGUUUUCAUUUGGAUGAUAGCCGGCUCGAAACGAGUGGCGUACGCGCGAUUUCCAGCCGAACGAAUUAUUUAUUCAGAAGAAAUGACCGAGAAGGGGUCAUUAUGCGGUCAGAAGGUUGACGUAUUUUUGCUACAUCCACGGGAUGAGGAGGGUGCCGAUUACAUGGCCUGCAAGCUUGAAAUUUUCCUGUGGCUUGGAAACGCCGAAUAUAUAGGAGCUUGUUGGGCCUCGAUUCCACCCGGUUACAAGGUGGACCAUGAGAGAAACAUUGAUUCGUUCCCCAAAUAUUUGGACUACACACGUUCCACGACAUUUCAGUUGCGAGCUCACAUAUUCCAAGGUCGCUUUGAUCCCGGCAUGGAUGCAUCCGGUUUAUUGGAUCCGAUCGUGCGUGUCACGUUUCAUGGUUACACGGCCUCCACCAGAAUUAUUAAGCAGACACUAGAUCCGUUCUGGGAUCAAACUUUGAUACUACCGCCGAAAACUAUUCAUGGGACGAAAGAGUACAUUAAAUCAAAUCCGCCUAAAGCGAUUUUGCAAGUGUACGAUGAGGAUAUAUGCGGCUUCAAGGAGUUCUGCGGGAGAUGCACAACUAUCCCAUUAGUUAAGCUGGCGGAGGAAACUUACUCGCCGCCUAAUUUCCCUCCGAAACUCGAGUGGUACAAAUUUAAAUCGCAAAGGGAUUUCAGCGGUUCGGUGCUCGCUGCUUUCGAGCUUAUAGAGACGAUAGACGACAAGUCUGUGGACAAAAUCAUGGACUCUUCAAUGCAAGACGUCAUUUACAAUAUACCGGAAGACAUCAGACCAAAAAUGACGAGUUACAGGCUUGAAGUUAUAUUUUGGGGCGUACGAGACAUGAAGAAGAUUAAUUACAUGCCGGUGUUAAACCCUCAGAUUGUUAUAGAGUGUGCUGCUGUUCAAGUCAAGUCGGAAGUGAUGGAGAAUGCCAAGAAAUUCAGUAACUACAAGCAGACAUAUGUUGUCAUUGAACUGGACAUGCCAGAGCUUGAUAUCUAUUAUCCCUGCAUCACAAUAAAAGCUUACGACUCAAGAGGAUUUGGAUGCUUCAAAUACGUCGGGAUUUGCAUAAUACCGAGCGUUUACGUCUUUCUCGAACAAUUAAUAACAGAGGAGGAUUACGACGCGCGUAUACACGGCACCAAAUCGAUUUUGAAAUCUCCAUGGACUAAAAGACAAUCUGUCACGAUUUCACCUUUGCCGAUCGAUUACGAUCCAUUGAAAGAAGACGAGAACAAGGAAUUGAUACCGUACAAGAAGAUGUACAAGAAGAAAUCAUGGAUUAGAAAAAUAUUACGAUCCUUAAAGAAGAUUUUCGCGCAUGUGAUACCAAGGAAAAAAAGGAAGAAAAAACUGGACUACAAGCCAGAGGAGGAUGAGUCUCUCGACUGGUGGAGUAAAUACUUCGCUUCCAUGGAGGUAUACAACGGAGAACUGGAGAUGCAACCGCAAUUCGCCGGCUUUCAGGAUCGUCUGAGAUCGUUCGAACUAUGGAAGGGGAAGAAGAGCGAGGAUCCCGACUACGAUACAGACAAUUACGUUGGAAAGUUCAAGGGACGCAUUUGUGUAUAUCACUGGCCGCACCCCAACAACUUGCCCUGCAAAACGAAAAGCGGCAGAAACGCGGCUAAUGGUCUGUGUGGCGAUUAUCCACAAACGGAUCCCAUCAAAUUUCUGGUCAGACUUUACGUCGUGAAAGGUAUCAACUUGCAGCCUAGCGAUCCUCUCAGCGGAAAAUCUGACCCGUAUCUGUGCGUCAAGCUUGGAAAAACGUUUAUCAAUGAUAAAAAGAAUUACAUACCGAAUCAGCUAAAUCCCAUUUUCGGACGGCUCUUCGAGAUAGAAGCCACUUUCCCUCAAGAUUACAUGAUGAUCAUACAAGUAUGGGACUACGAUGCAACUACGACUGACGAUUUAAUAGGACAGACGAAGAUCGACUUGGAGAAUCGGUUCUAUAGCAGACACCGAGCUACUUGCGGUAUAUCCAAGACGUACAACGAGGGAGGGUAUAAUAAGUGGAGAGACCGCGAGAGACCGACGCAGAUACUCGAGCAACUUUGCAAAAGGAACAAUCUCCCAUUGCCGGAGUACCGGAAGCAUUACGUGAGAAUUGGACGAAAAAGAUUUCCAUUCGUCAACGAGCAAGCGCAAAACGAGAGGCAAGAAUGUAUGGCACUGAACGUUCUUCAUCAAUGGCAAGAUUUCCCCAUUUGUGGCUGCGUCCUGGUGCCUGAACACGUCGAAAGACGUCCGCUUUUUAAUGCCACCAGACCCGGAUUGGAACAGGGUAAAUUGGAACUUUGGAUCGACAUGUUUCAAUCUAGCGAGAUUCCUCCAAAACCGGCAGUGGACAUUAGUCCACCUGUACCAGAGGAAUAUGAAAUCCGUGUGAUCGUUUGGAACACCGAGGACGUGCCUCUUGUCGACAGCCAAUUUCUUACCGGAGAAAAGUGUUCCGAUAUUUAUGUGAAAGGCUGGAUUGUUUACGAUGAUUAUCAAAGAACUGACAUUCAUUAUAAUUCCUUAACCGGAGAGGGCAAUUUCAAUUGGCGAUUUAUAUUUCGCGUCAUGUAUUGCAAGGGUGAGCGCGUUAUGAUCGUACGCAAAAAGACAUCCAUCUUUGCUAUAAGCGAAACCGAGGACAAACUGCCAUGUAGAUUACACCUGCAAGUUUGGGACAGCGAUCAUUUCUCUUCGGACGAUUUUCUCGGAGCAUUAACGUUGGAUUUAGCCAAGAUGCCACGGGGAAGUCCGAAUUCUAAAAACUGUACUUUAGAGCUACUCAAUCCAAAUCUACCGACGAUCGAUAUGUUCAAAGUGGCACGAAUUAAAGCUUGGUGGCCAUUAGAGCGUAGCGUGAACGCAGCCCAAUACGUCCAGGCGGGUAAAAUUGAACUGGAAAUAUCAAUAUUGCAAGCGAAGGAGGCUGACGAGCAACCUGCGGGCAAAGGAAGGGAUCCACCUCAAAAUCUUUCUGCACCAAACCGACCGGAUACUUCGUUCUCCUGGUUCCGGAACCCGUGGAAAGCAUUUCGUUACGUUGUCUGCCGAUACUAUAAAUGGAGGAUAAUAGGCUUCUUCAUGUGUGUGUUGAUAGUAUUGUUGGCAGGCUGUGGAAUUUACGCUUUCCCUGGUUAUUUUGUGAAGCGCCUCCUUGGUGCUUGAAUCGGUUAACGAGGAAAGAAAACGAUGUAAUCGGGAACCAUUGCAGUUGCUCGGUCGUAAAUCAUGAAUUGUGUCUGUCGUAGCAUGAAACAUUGAUUCUGGCUACUUCAUGAUAACACGUUCGUUAUUUCGGCACCGUUAAUUGUUGGAUAACACGAUG